UUUUAGUAGGAAAACUUACCCAAAUAAACUUUGAGAUUAUUGAACACAAAAACGUAUAGAAAGAAAACUAGAUUCUUUCAAAUUCUGGUUUAAAACUCUUAAAUCGAAUUAACGAUAACGAUUGAUUAUUGUUAUCAUGGUUGUAACCCUGUUUUUAACCAGCCAUGUUUUUGCACAUACUGUGUCAAAAUAUGAAAUCACAAAAGGAACUCAGUUGGUUGGCCAUUUUCCUCGCAUUGCUUGUUGUUUGUGACUCAGCUCAAGAUGAUGCCGACUAUUGUGCAGAGCUUUCAACGCAGUCAUUAAGCAAAAUUCUGGGGCAGGCAUUUAAUCCCCGCUACAUGAGCAUCGAUCCGCCAGGCGAGUCCGAUGAGAAAAGCUACCAGUUGGGCUACAAGCGAUCGUCCUACGAAUUGCCAUUCUAUGCGGACAGUGACGUGAUCUCAGUUAGCCAUUUUCCCGCUUGGGAAACCAAUCACUUUGCGUUGGUAGAAAAGAAAACAUCCUUAAGAAGCAAGAGCCUGCGAACUAGAAGCGCUUUUAUGGACCGAGUGGGACACCCGCGAGUUGAAGGAUUUAAGCAGCGGCCCUGGGAGUGCUCUUCUAGGAUCAACUGGAUCGACUUAGGCUUAAAUUACUUUCCACGCUAUAUCCGUUCCAUCGAGUGUAUUGCCAGAAAAUGUUGGUAUGAUCACUAUAAUUGCAAGCCGAAAUCAUUUACAAUAAAAGUACUGCGCCGAAAAACUGGCUCAUGCAUUCGAAUAAACGAUAAAUUGAUUUUGAUCACCGCAGAGAAGUUUGAAAAUGAUUACACGCAGCUCUGGAUUUGGGAAGAAAUAGCGGUUAACUUUUGCUGUGAAUGUGUUAUGCUAUAUUGA